AAUCUGGGUAAUCUAAUUGACCUGCCAACGGGCUGCGGGGAACAGACUAUGGUGAGGGUGGCACCAAGUGUAUAUGCGCUCAAGUAUUUGAUUGCAGCUACUGAUCUACAGGAGCCCGAAAUCAACAGACAACGCUACUAUCGUCUCCAUGAUGGCUCUUUCUCAGUUUUCGGUCUUAGUCCCGGCAGUACCUGGUUAACGGCGUUUGUUUUUGGUGUGUUCAGCGAGGCUGAACGGCUGCCGCAGAAUAAAGCCCUAGACAAUUUGGAGAAUGUCAACAGUUCUUUCGAUGAAACAUUGUACACGGCUUUUGAAUUUCUAAAACAAAGGCAACAUGUGAAUGGCUGCUUUGUGGAGAAUGCUUACUUCUUUCAGCCACCCUUCGAGGCCUUCGACAGUUUUCAAAAGGGCAAACAGUCUUAA